AAUGUUACAGUAAAAUGUCUCAAUGGAAUGGAUCUUCCGAAACGGGAAUUUUGAGAAAAAAUAUAUUAACAGAAAAUCAUGAUGAGCUUCUUGUAUUUGGGUACGCCUGCAAACUAUUCCGGGAUGAUGAAAAAGCUCUUUUUAUUGACCAAGGCAAACACUUGAUUCCAUGGUUGGGUGAUGAGAAAAUCAAAAUUGAUAGAUACGAUUGUCGGGGAGCUCUUGGUGACCUCAGUAAAUAUGAAGCAAGUAAAGAAGGAUAUGAUGCUAUGCGUUGGCUGGGACUAAGUGAAAAGGAAAUGAAUCUUGAAGAACUUUGUGAUAAAGAGAGAUAUCAUUCUCUUGAAAUCAAUGAGGAGGAGGAAGAAAUGUAUAAAGAAGAAGAGCAGAAACGAAGGAUGACAAAUGCAGUUCAGUAUAAUUAUGAUGUUUCCCAAAAUUUGAAUGCCAAGUCAGAUGGAAUUCCAACUGUACCUGAGGAGGAGGAAGUUGAAGAAGAAUACAUUCCUUCGCCGAUACUUGAUGUUCCUGUAGAUAUUGAAAUA